UUGCAGAAAAGAAAAGUUUCCACGAAGAAACAAACUGGAAAUGUUUACAAAACGUUACAAACAUGAAUGAGAAUGGCGUUUUAUCCAAAGAAUCAAACGAUAACAAUAAUAAUACGAAGAAAAGACUUGCUUUGUUAGAUCUACUUAUUGCCAGUUCUCUAAACGGUAAUCAAAUCGAUGAGAAAGGAAUUCGAGAAGAAGUCGAUACUUUCAUGUUCGGGGGUCAUGACACUACAGCAUCGACGUUGUCCUUUGCUUUGUCUCUUUUUGCAAAACACAAAGAUGUCCAGGAACGUAUAAGAGGGGAAGUGAACACGGUUAUGAAAGAAGAAAAUAACGAACUGACGAUUUUGGAACUACAAAAAUUGUCGUACUUGAAGAUGUGUAUAAAAGAAUCACUUCGUUUAUAUCUAAGCGUUCAUGCUAUAUUUCGUCAUAUAUCUCAGGAUUUACAGCUGAAAAAUUAUGUAAUCCCAGCUAGUGCGAUCUGUCAUGUAAACAUUCAUAGCAUACACAGAAAUCCAAAAUAUUGGCCAAAUCCUAAUGUUUUCAAUCCUGAUAGAUUCUUACCGGAAAAUAUGAAAGGACGUAAUCCUUACUCGUAUAUACCAUUUAGUGCAGGUUCAAGAAAUUGUAUCGGUCAAAAAUACGCUACGCUCGAACUUAAAAUAAUGGUAGCUCAUAUAUUGCACAAUUUUUAUUUGGAAUCGGUUGAUGAUGUACAAAUGAUAGAUCUUACUCUGCAUCCGUUCAAACCACUUCGACUAAAAUUUACACCUAUAAAAUAGAAUGAAUCGUAUAUGAUUUAGUUGUGAUUGGUAAUAAUCUCUUGUUAAGUAUAUAAUAUGUUGGACCAAUUCGUUAAAUUUAUUUAAACGUUAAACGUAUUAAAAUAAUGUAUAAUAGGUAUAUUUCUAAUAUGUACCAUUUAAUAUGAAAUAUAUAUUUUGUAAAUUAAGACAUCACGUAAUAUAAAUAUCUAGGAAACAUCACGUUUUCGAGAAAAAAGUUCGGAAAGAAGAUUUCAUUCGAUCUCACGAGGCAUUCGAAGAUAUAAACAUAUUCUUU